AUGACAGCCUCUGUCAUGCUGCCUCCAGGAGAAGCUGACAAUUUGGUGACCCACGACGUGAUCCUGAUGUGGUUCCGAAGAAACUCCUGGAGGUGGGAGAAGGACCCAGACUACUGCGACACAGUGAAGAAGACUCCUCCAUAUGACCAGGGCACUAGACUGGUGGAUGUCAUCGAUAUGGCUAUACUGGACUUUCUCAUGAGUAACAUGGAUAGACAUCACUAUGAGACGUUUGAAAAAUUUGGGAACAAAACAUUUCUGCUGCAUCUGGACAAUGGGCGAGCGUUCGGUCGCCACUCCGUAGAUGAGCCGUCAAUCCUCACUCCUCUGAAACAGUGCUGCAGGAUCCGGCGCUCCACCCUUCUGCGCCUGCAUCUCUUGUCCCUUCCCAGCUUCCGUCUGUCAGAUGUGCUGCGUGAGUCUCUGUCCCAGGACCCUUUGUCGGUUGUGGCCCCUCUGCUCUCAGAAGCCCACCUGUCUGCGCUGGACCGCCGCCUGGACACGGUUCUGAAAGCUGUUCACCAAUGUCUGGACAAACACACAGAUGUUGUUUAUAAUGACAUGGAAGAUACGGGUCAGAGCAGUGACUGGAAAACACUGUGAUAAUAAAGGACAAUCCCCACCCCGACCACACACACAAAAUCAUUUUUAGUGACAGUUUAGCUUUACUUACGUUGGAUUUAAAACCUGACUUUCCUAUGUGUACACCUUGUAGAUCAGACAAC